CCUUACAACAACAACAAAACAAAAAAAACUCACUCAAUUAAUCUCUCUUAACUACUAAAAACACAUUUUAAAAAUAACAAUGGCAAUUGUUGUAGGAAAAAUGACUUUGAUUGCACUACUCUGCUUCAUGGUGGCAAGUGCACCAUACGGGGUCAACGGUGCGGUAACUUGCCAAAUGGUGGUGAGCAGCCUGACCCCGUGUGCCUCUUACUUGACCAGAGGAGGCCCGGUGCCAGCAUCAUGCUGCAGCGGGAUAAACUCGCUUUACAGUGCGGCUACAACGACUCCUGAUCGUCAGAUGGCUUGCAAGUGCAUGAAGCAAGCCUCUGGAAUGCUCCCAGGGAUUAGACUCGAUGCUGCUACUAGCCUCCCCGGGAAAUGCGGUGUUAACAUCCCUUACAAAAUCAGCCCUGAUACCGAUUGCAACAAGGUGCAAUGAGGAUGCAAAUGUGGAUCUAACAACUAUUAGGAUGGAUGUACAAGCACCUACUGUUUAAGAGCUGAGUACGUACGUGAAUAAGGAUGCAGAUGGAACGAUCCAGUAGUAGUCGUCUUGACAUAUCGAUCUUUCGGUAGUAGUAGGGUAUGUCAUAAUCUAUAUAUGUUAAUUUGUUACUCUCGGGUUGAUGUAAUCGGUGCUUGCUUUUGUUAUCUUAAUCGAAUUUCGGCUUGAUUUGUUAUCCA